GAGCAUGUGGGGCGGGAGCCUUGCUCUGCUCUUCUUCCUCACACUUCCUGAAGGCUGAUCAAGUAUGUGGAGUUCCAGGAGAGGGGUAACCAGCAGUCUGGAUCUUUGAUACGGCGGGAGACGAAACAUUUCAUCAAAGUCUGCUUGCACGUUGUUUGUGUAAAGCAUGUUCCUGCAGCGAUACCUGGCACCCGUCCUGCUCUUAACUGUUCAAAUAUACAAAGCUCGAAGUUGUCACGAAUUUACAGAUCUUGAUCUUUCCGAUGCAAUCAUCGGCACCGACGUCAAGGUCAACUUGUUACUGUACACCAGGGAGAAUGCCACCUGCGCCACGCUCUUGUCCCACGCCAACCUGUCCACCCAUCCGCAUUUCAACCUGUCCAGACCUUCCAUCUUCGUCAUCCACGGGUAUCGCCCCACUGGAUCUCCGCCGGUGUGGCUGCGCGACCUGACGGAGGUGCUGCUGAACAGGUCGGACAGCAACAUCAUCGUGGUGGACUGGAACCACGGAGCUGCUAAUGUGAAUUAUUUCAAAUCAGUGGAGAACACACACAAAACGGCGGACAACCUCACCGCUUUCAUCAAAGCAAUGAAGGAUAACGGGGCGUCUCUGAGCUCCAUCCACAUGAUAGGGAUCAGCCUCGGAGCUCACAUAUCAGGCUUUGUCGGGGCGAACUUGAACGGAGCAAUCGGUAGAAUCACAGGUCUGGAUCCUGCUGGGCCCACGUUCACUGGCAAACCUCCAGAUGCCCGGCUGGAUCCCACGGACGCCCAGUUUGUGGACGUGCUGCACACAGACAUAGAUUCGCUGGGCUUCAGAAAACCUCUUGGUCACAUUGAUUUCUACCCUAACGGAGGAACAGACCAGCCCGGCUGCCCAAAAACCAUCCUUUCUGGAGGGUCGUAUCUGAAAUGUGAUCACCAGAGAUCGGUGUUCCUCUUUCUGGAAUCUCUGAAUCAGAGAUGUGUCAGCAGGGCCUUUCCCUGCUCUUCCUAUGAAGAGUUUCUGGAUGGUAACUGCAUAAACUGUGACCGGUUCGGUGCUGCAGGAUGUCCCAUUUUCGGUUAUGAUAUCACAGCGUGGAAAGACGUCCUGCUGGAACUUUAUCAGACCAAAGUCUACUUCACAACUAACGAGCAGUCUCCAUUCUGCCGUACGAACUAUAAGGUGGAAGUGAUGAUCUGGAAUAAGAAAGUACGUUGGGGAUACUUGACUGUUAAGCUCUAUGGCGAUGGAGGAGAAGAAGCAGUCGCAACCAUAGACCACAAACAGUUAGAAUUCAAGAAAUACACAGUGACCAGCCUGCUCGGCCAGUUUGAUAAAGAAAUCUCAUCAGUAAAAAAAGUGUCUCUGAAAUUCUCCACCGGGAACGUGCUCAAGCCCACAUAUAAGCUCCGCAUCCUCCGAGUCCGGCUCACGUCGCUGGAACAGAAACACAGGCCCCUGUGUAGAUACGAUGUCCUUCUGGAAGAGAACAAAGAGGUCACCUUCAAACCCAUUUCCUGUGAAGAGUCCAACUUCUGAAUACAAAGUCGGAUCCCUUAUUAAAGCUGAGGACACUUUUCCUGGAGAAUCACAGGGAAACAAAAGAAACCUGUGACGUUUUAUCAGAGCAGCUGGUCUGAAAUAGAAAUGUGAUCAAGCCAUUAGUGUGUAUUUAUGUUGAUAAAGUAUAAGGACUUUUUUUUUAAUGAAAGAGUCAAAUUUGGACUUUAUUUAUAUUUGGUAGGAGAAAGUGACCACAGACACCUUUCAGCAUAUGUAUCUGAAAAGGAUUUCAUCUCCAUUCAUGUGUUGAUAAUUUAUCUCAGCACUGAGAUUCAACAAACCGUCUCCAUACAUUCACAGAACAACCCACUGGCACAGACCUACAACCUGCUGAACAUGCAAACACAUUCCACUCCAGAUUUAUUUAUUUGUUUGUUUUUCAUCACAGAUUUCUUAAGACUGAAAAAGAAAGACAGAUUUCCAUUUUGUCUGAGAAGAGAAGAUUUGACUCCCUCUUUUUUAAAAGUGUUUCACUCCUACGCAUAUAUUUAUUUGUAUAUAUGAAUUUAUCUUUUAUUAUUAAUAAACACUCUAAUAACAAAUGGUGAUGAA